AUGGGCCUACCGCUCGGCCUGCACGAUGACGAUAUCGACGUAUGCUUCCCAUUAGCAGAACACCACCCACAGACGCAUAUUGAGCCUUGCAUCAAACUUCGUCUGCUGCAUCUUCAAGCGCAGCAAGCUAGGUUACGCGGCGAAAUUAUAGAAUUGCGCAACAAGUCGUUACACUACGUUCAGAACGAUCCCGACCGAGCGACCUCGAUCAUAGCCAAGCUAAGCCAGUGGUGGAAUGAUGUUGAGGACUACAUCGAUCCGGACAGCCAAUCUGGAGCUUCUACCUACGCGAUUACUGUCUUGACACUGCUUAGACACGAGUCGAUCAUCUCGUUGUAUCGCCCAGUCUUGGCUACCUCUCGCAAAGACGUCGCAUACGACGCUGCCUUACAACAGUGCAUCAAUUCUGCGCGUAGCAUCAUCACCACUUUACACAGCGCCAUCCAGACCAAGUCUAGUAUCGGAACGAUUCAUAAUCCACUAGCUUUGUUGUGGCCCUCUUGCACAUGGGCUGUAUGGAUCAGUACAUUCAUCAUGUUUUACGCUGCUCACGAGAGCCGUAUCGCCCAUACUGUUGUCGUGAGAUUCGCAGACAAAAGCCUCGACAUACUUCAACAUCUUGGGCGACGCGGCAGCACAUGGCCUGAAGCAAGCUCGGCUGCCAUUCGUGACUUGCGGGCUCGAAUACUACACAAGCCUGUCCAGGCUCUUGUUGGGCAUAGGCCGAACGUCCCUAGAGACUCUUUUAUCGUUCAUCAAAGCGAGUCAAGCCUACGUUCGAUCUUGCACGAACCUGCCAGUAAAGACGCCCCAGAUCAAAAUGAUGGUCAAGUGGUCAAUGGCGUUGCGCCUCACCAUGAUACAUGGGACAAGCUACCCAAUUCAGCAUUCGAAUCUACCGCAACGAGCAACCCAGCUCAAGAUAGUACUGGUCUUGGUGAGAGCGAUAGCUAUUGGAAUGUCUUCCUCGGAGCGGAAGGUGCCGACGCCUCAUCUCUUGAGUACUCUAGUGGCUUGGACCCGUUCUCCGGUUUCGACAUACCUUUUUGGUUUGAUCAAGGACAGCACUGGGACUUCUGA